UGGACGAUAUAUGAACGGGAGGCUGGAUAUCAUGUUGAGGAGUUCCUUGAAAAACACAAGAGUGACAUGGAUAUCGUUCUUAUAUUCUCAGGUCUCUUCUCCGCAGUCAGCACCACUUUCAUCGUUUCUCUUCAAUCCACACUCAGUCCGGACGAAACUGAGAUGACAAACGCCCUUUUAAAACUGCUUAUCCACACACUCAACAACACUGCGUUCGAUGGUCGACAGCCCGACCUCCCACAGUGGAAUGGACCAGGGGCGACUGAGAUUUGGAUACAGUGUCUCAUGUACGCCAGUCUCAGUACCAGUCUCAUGGCUGCGCUGGGUGCCGUACUGGGGAAGCAAUGGCUGGGGCACUUCAUACGCGGCGGACGUGGUCCGAUUGACGUCCGCGGUCGCCUAAGGCAACAGAAGAUGGAUGGUCUUCAGACGUGGCACUUUAGUGCUGUCUUGGAAGCGCUUCCGUUGUUGAUCCAGAUUUCCCUGCUUUUAUUCGGAAUUGCUCUAAUU